AAGACUGUGGGAUGUAUUUCCCAGAAGUGAAAAAUCAUCCAGACAAAUAUUUACAGAGAUGUCCCGAGUCUGUAAAAAAGUGGCUGAAACAACUGAAGAGCGCUGGGAAGAUUCUGCUAUUAAUUACUAGUUCUCACAGUGACUAUUGCAGGCUCCUGUGUGAACAUAUUAUUGGGAAUGAUUUUGAAGAGUAUUUUGACGUUGUGAUCACAAAUGCUUUGAAACCUGGUUUCUUCUCACACACCCCGAACCAAAGACCUUUCCGAACUCUUGAGAAUGAUGAGGAGCAGGAGGCUCUGCUGUCUCUGGACAAGCCCGGCUGGUAUUCCCAAGGUAACGCUAUCCAGCUUUAUGAACUACUGAAGAAGAUGAUUGACAAGUUGGAUCCCAAGGUUGUUUAUUUUGGUGACAGCAUGCACUCAGAUAUUUUCCCAGCACGUCACUAUAGCAACUGGGAAACUGUCUUCAUCUUAGAGGAACUUCUAGAGGACAAAGUUACGGUGCCUGUGGAGACUGAAUCUGAGCCCUUGGAGAAGAAAGGAAAAUAUGAGGGAGAUGAGGCCAAAGCUCCUUACUUUGUAUCUAAACAGUGGGGCUCUUUCUUCAUGGACAAAUUGCCAGGCCUGGAAAAUGCAGAGGAAACCUUAGUUCGCACGUGGUCCUGUAAAUGUAUUAGCACUUACAGCACUAUUGCAAUCCCUAGUCUUGAAGCAAUAGCAGAUUUACCACUGGAUUAUAGAUUUACACGAUUUUCAAAUAGCUCAGCAACUGCCGGGUACUACCCAAGCCCUCCAAGAGAACUGCUGCCAAACGAGGAGUCAGUGACUAUGAAAUAG